UUGGGGAGAGUUUUAAUGGAAAUAAGGGUGUUGCUUUGUUGUAUAGGCUGGCCUCAAACUCUUGGGCUCAAGAGAUCCUCCUGCCUUUGCCUCUGGAGUAGCUGGGACUAUAGGCGAGGACUAAAUCCACCGCACAGGGUGAAAUCUAUCUCCAUGACAACAUUUACACAACAGGAAAUUGAAUUCCUGCAAAAACAUGGAAAUGAAGUCUGUAAACAGAUCUGGCUAGGAUUAUUUGAUGAUAGAUCUUCAGCAAUUCCAGACUUCAGGGAUCCACAAAAAGUGAAAGAGUUUUUACAAGAAAAAUAUGAAAAGAAAAGAUGGUAUGUCCCACCAGAACAAGCCAAAGUGGUGGCAUCAGUUCAUGCAUCUAUUUCAGGUUCCUCUGCCAGUAGCACAAGCAGCACACCUGAGGUCAAACCACUGAAAUCUCUUUUAGGAGAUUCUGCACCAGCACUGCACUUAAAUAAGGGCACACCUACUCAGUCCCCAGUGGUUGGUCGCUCUCAAGGACAACAGCAAGAAAAGAAGCAGUUUGAUCUUUUGAGUGAUCUUGGCUCAGACAUUUUUGCUGCUCCAGCUCCUCAGUCAACAGCCACAGCCAAUUUUGCUAACUUUGCACAUUUCAACAGUCAUGCAGCUCAGAAUUCUGCAAAUGCAGAUUUUGCAAACUUUGAUACAUUUGGACAGUCUAGUGGUUCGAGUAAUUUUGGAGGUUUCCCCACAGCAAGUCACUCUCCUUUCCAACCCCAAACUACAGCAUUUAGAAUGCUUUCAUCUAGCUGCAGUUUUGGUGAAUUUACUUCAGCUUUUCCUCUCCAGGCUACCCACAGUGGAAGUGCUGGAUCAGUAAAUGCUAAUUUUGCUCAUUUUGAUAACUUCCCCAAAUCCUCCAGUGCUGAUUUUGGAACCUUCAAUGCUUCCCAGAGUCAUCAGACAGCAUCAGCUAUUAGUAAAGUUUCAGCAAACAAAGCUGGUUUACAGACAGCAGACAAAUAUGCAGCACUUGCUAAUUUAGAUAAUAUCUUCAGUGCUGGGCAAGGUGGUGAUCAAGGGAGUGGUUUUGGGACCACAGGUAAAGCUCCUGUUGGUUCUGUGGUUUCAGUUCCCAGUCAUUCAAGUGCAUCGUCAGACAAGUAUGCAGCCCUGGCAGAAUUAGACAGUGUUUUUAGUUCUGCUGCCACUUCCAGUAAUGCAUAUACUUCCACAAGUAAUGCUAGCAGCAACGUUUUUGGAACAGUGCCAGUGGGUGCUUCUGCACAGACACAACCUGCUUCUUCUAGUGUGCCUGCUCCAUUUGGAGCUACGCCUUCCACAAAUCCAUUUGUUGCUGCUGCUGGUCCUUCUGUGGCAUCUUCUACAAAUCCAUUUCAGACAAAUGCCAGAGGAGCAACAGGCCUUUCUGGAGCAAUGCAUUCUCAAGUGUUUCCUCACGCUCAUUUUGCGGCAACCUUUGGCACUGCAUCCAUGAGCAUGCCUGCAGGAUUUGGCACUCCUGCUCCCUAUAGUCUUCCCACCAGCUUUAGUGGCAGUUUUCAGCAGCCCGCCUUCCCAGCCCAAGCAGCUUUCCCUCAACAAACAGCUUUUUCUCAACAACCCAAUGGUGCAGGUUUUGCAGCAUUUGGACAAACAAAGCCAGUGGUAACUGCUUUUGGUCAAGUUGCAGCUGCUGGAGUAUCUAGUAAUCCUUUUAUGACUGGUGCACCAUCAGGACAAUUUCCAACAGGAAGCUCAUCAACCAAUCCUUUCUUAUAGCCUUAUAUAGACACUUUACUGGAACGAACUUUUAUGUGGUCACAUUACAUCUCUCCGCCUCUUGCACUGUUGUCUUGUUUCACUGAUCUUAGCUUUAAACACAAGAGAAGUCUUUAAAAAGCCUGCAUUGUGUAUUAAACACCAGGUAAUAUGUGCAAAACAGAGGGCUCCAGUAACAACUUUUAACCUGUGAAUUGGCAGAAAAAGGUAGCGGUAUCAUGUAUAUUAAAAAUUGGCUAAUAUUAAGUUAUUGCAGAUACCACAUUCAUUAUGCUGCAGUACUGUACAUAUUUUUCUUAGUAAUUAGCUAUUUGUGCAUAUCAGUAUUUGUAACCUUAACACAUUGUUGUGUGAGAAAUGUUACUGGGGAAAUAGAUCAGCCACUUUUAAGGUGCUGUCAUAUAUCUUGGAAUGAAUGACCUAAAUCAUUUUAACCAUUGCUACUGGAAAGUUACAAAGUCAAAAUUAGAAGGUUUUAUUCGUUCUUGAAUUUUUCCUUUCUAAAGAGCUCUUCUAUUUAUACAUGCCUAAAUUCUUUAAAAAUGUAGAGGGAUACCUGUCUGCAUAAUAAAGCUGAUCAUGUUUUGCUACAGUUUGCAGGUGAAAAAAUAAAUAUUAGAAAAUAUGCUAUUGUUUUUGUGUUCUUGCUGCAAUGCCUUUACCAAAGUGGCCUUAAAUAUGAGUAGUGAAUUGAGAACAUCUUGAAUUCUUAAAGACUUCUAGUGACUAACUUUUUAUUAAAAGGCCAUGUAGAAAAUUUAUUAAAACUACUAGGAUUGCUAUAUUCAGGAAUAUGUCAGUGGUAAAGCAUUUAAAUGUAGCUUGUCAGAUUCACCGUAAUACUUCUACUUUCUUUGCAACUUCCUUAUUUUGUGAAAUUUGUAUAUAAAGAAUUUGCAUGUAUGUGUUAUUUACAAAAUUUUUUAAAAGAUUUUGAAUUUCUCAAGACUGCAAAAGGCCUAUUUUAACUAUUGAUUUUUUUAAUUUUAAUUGUCUUUGAAUGUAUUGAAAGCAGACAUGCAUUAACUGUGACAUGAUUGCACCUCAGUUGUCCCCCACCCCCUUUUCUGGACAAAUUGAUAUUAUUGAUAGGACAUGUGUUUAUGUUCAUUUUGGGGGAAAAAAGCUGGAACCCAAUGUUACCUUAAAGUUUUGGAAUACUUUGUUUAAAAAGGCAAUGAUACUAAGUUUAGUUAUAUCUUUUUGUUAAUAUUCAAAUGAACUUGUUUUAAUAUUUAUAUAUAGUAAUGCUUCAUUCAUCCAGAGUAAUCUGGCAGUCUCAUCAAAAUGGAACACAACCAAGAAACUUGGAGUAAUUUUUAAAAUAUGUGUCUGAACAACUUAUCUAAGUCAUAAAAUCUAUAUGUUAGAGCUUAUGCAUUUGUUUUUGUGUGAGAUUUUAAUAAUUUUGAUUAUUUGAUUUCCUAGCUCAUAGCAUAUUAGUAGUUCAGAAGUGAUGGCUUGAAAGGAAGAAGAUAAAGAAACUGAAGAGCAUACACUGUUCAGGACUAUUUAGUGAGGGGCAAGCAACCCAGCCUAGAGAACAUCAAUAUAUCAUUUUCUGAUAAUUAUCUGUUGUUAUAAUGCUGUGUCACCAAGAAAAGGUGAAAUUACAUACAUAGAUAUGUAAUAUAUAUGAAAAGUUUUAUCUUAAAACGAUUAAAAAAAUUUUAAAAGCUUUGGUAUUAAGAGGUGAACAUCAGUUUCCUCAAAUACUUUAUUCAUGUUGAAAGCCUUUUGCAAUGAUGACUACAUGAGUUGUUACCUUAGUGUUUUAAAAUCUUUAUAUAGUGUUGUGGACUUUUUAGAUUAUUGCUGUCCAGUACACACCUAACUGAAAGGAUAGUUUAUCUGAACUGUUUUGAUAAGCAAGAAGACUGGGAAAUCUCUGUCCCUUUUCUGAGCCCUAUUUCUCUUAGAAUUAAAUAAUUGCUGCAUUGGUCCAGGUAUGUGUGGGUAUAGUCUUUAAAUAGUUCUACAUUUGGGUGGAAUCCUUCAGCCCAUUUUUCAUGAAGGGAAAAUUUAAGAAAUGUUUUAAAUUUCUGUUUUAGAUUGUAUUGGGUCUAAAUCAAUUUCAUAUGUACAAAAGUUAUGCUAUAUAAUUGUAGGCCAGUACCCAAGUACCAGGGUUUUCUUCUAAGAAGUAUAAUUAAACAGUUGUUAUCAAAAUAAUUUUAUAAAGACUAUUUUUUUCUGGGUAAAUCUUGAAAUUUGUAAUUAAAUGGGAAUUUAAGGACUUUCAAUGAGAGCUUAUAAAGUCAAGGUGAUUAGGUUAGAUUCAGAAGACAUCCAGCUUUAAAAUGGAUUUUCUCAUGAUCUUUAUUGUUCAUUAUUUUUAAAGUCAACUUCAUUUGACUUUUCUAUUCAGAUUUGCUUCUAAUUUUAUAUAGACUAUCAGAAUUACUUUGACUACUAAAAUGAAAAUCCUUGAAAGUGAUAUCACUAAAGACCUUCUAAUGUCCUGGUUCACCAGUUGAAUCAUGCCUUCUUUCCUGUUCUUUGUUCAGGAAAGACAUUUGUCAUUUCUUUUAGGAUGGCAAAAACUUGUUCUGUAUAAUUUAAAAGCAUAUUUUAUUGUUUUUUUGAAAUAAAGAAUAUUUUAUCCCUACUUUUGUGAAAUUAGAAGUUAAGGGCUGGGGUUGUGGCUCAGCUCAGGUAGAGCGCUUGCCUAGCACGUGCAAGGCUCUGGGUUUGAUCCUCAGCAUCACAUAAAAAUAAAUGAAUAGAAUAAAGCUGUUGUGUCCAACUACAACUAAAAAAUAAAUAUUUAAAAAAAAGGCGUUAAGGUUAUUGCAUUCUUCCUUAGAAUAGUUCCUUCUAUAUAUUUGAAAGAAUUAGUCUUUACCUGGAGAUCCCUUGCUCCUGACUUAUAUCCUCUUUGGUAUAGUACCUAUCAACUGGCAAGAUGGAGAGGGAAAAUUAGCUGCAUUUUACCACUGCCAUCUACAGUUCUGGAUCAUUUUUGUCUCAGAACCAUAAUUAUAAUUAUCUAAAUGUUUUGAAAACCCCAAAGAGAUUUUGUCUCUGAAACAUAUCUUUCAGAAUUUACUGUGUUAAGAAUAAUACUGAGAUAUCUUAAAAACAUGCUUAUUCAUACAAACAUUACCAUAAGACUCUUACUUGUUAACAUAGAAAACAUUUUUUUGAUGAAAAAAAUUACCUUUAAAAACCAAAACUAUGAAAAACAGGAUCAUUGUUUUAUAUUUUGCAUAUCCUUUUAAUGUCUGGCUUAAUAGGAACAAGUUCUCAGACUGCUUUUGCAUUUCUGUUUUUUUUUUAAAAAAUUUGCAUAACCUGAUCACUGGAAAACUACAUUAUGCACUUGUGAAGUCGUAAGUGUCAAAGAGGAAUAUAAUAUCUUUGCAUUAUUUUGAAAACAGUUUGAUCUUGUAUAGCUUUCAGAGUCUUGGGAGACUUUCCCUGGAUCACACUUUGAGAACCCACUAUUUUUAAAUUUGUACAUUUUUUGAACAGUAUUUACUUGUACAUGGGUUGGGGGGUAGUGUUAAACAUAACUUCUUCCUGCACUAAGAUUUUUGUUUGCUUGGUGGGAAAAACUGAAGUUCCAGUUGAAAUUGAAGACUUCAAACAUUGUUUAACUAUUUUAAAGUACUUAAUAGUGGUUGUAUUAUGGGGUAUGGCUUUAUUUGGCCCUUUAUGUCAGGCAUUUUACUAAUUACUUUUUUAUACUAUCAUAGAAUCCCUGAAGUAGAUCCACAAGGCAUAGAAAACUUAAGCUAGUGAUAGCUUUUGCUCUUGGGAGCACAUAUCUUUUUGUUGGAUUACAAUGCUGUCAUAAUUAUGUGUGAGUAGAUUCUUUUAUAAUCUUUUGAAAUUUCAAGAAAGUUACUUUCUACAUCAUGUACCAAAAAUACUUGAUUAUUUAGCUUGAAUUUCUUCCAUAAUUUGAUGAAAUUAUAUUCUCUAGACUUUUAUUUAAACUUUAGGGUAAAUAUUGGAAUGUAUUUUAAACUGAAGACACAUCUGAAGUAUCAUAGUGACUCUUUUUUUGUGAUGUGUUCCACCUUUACUGAUGCAGUUUGUGCCUUGUACAGUUGUAAAAUUUGCUUUUAAAAACAUAUUAAAAUUUGUAUUACAUUAUCCUAUCAUUGAAUUCACCAAUAAUUUUUUUGUAUAUUUUAAAACUGUGUCGUUUUUUAUGUGAUUGAAUUUGAACAAGUGAAUAUAUGACCAUGAUGUAAUCCAUUGUUAUACUAGUGAGUGUUUAACAACCAUUUCCUUUUUUAAAAUUUUAUUUAUUUUUAUUUAACUUGUCUAUAAAAAGUUAAUUUCUUACAGAUGACAAUAGAAUGUGUUUUAGCAAAAUAUACAUACAUAAAGUAUAACUUACUUUAUUAGGUUCUCACUCUUGUGCUCAUACAUGAUGUGGAGUUACCCUAGUCAUCUAUACAAAUACAAGGCUAGGAAAGUUAUGACCUAUUAAUAACAACCAUUUCUUAGGAAGGAAAAAGGGCCCUGUCUGUGGUGUUUACAGAUACUUGUGAUAGCAAAUAUUUUCAAUAUGACUGAUUUGACCUAACACUUUGAUUUAUGGAAUGCAGUUUAGAAGAGAAAAUAACCCUACAGAUUUCCCAAGCUUUGCAGGCCACCUCCAGCAUAGAUAACACUGAUAUAUAUUUCCAUAACUCAUUUGUUAAAUUCAUUGGUCCUUUGAUGAUUUAAUCAGGAAUUUGAAAACAAGCCAUUUGUUUUAUAUUAUUCAUUCAACAAGCAUUUGAGCACUAGUUCAUUUCUAGAAGUAUAAUGGGCACUGAGGUAUUUAAUCUGUUAAGACCUUCAAGUAUUGUAAACCGUGAAAUUAUUAAAAUCCAGUCAUUUUAUUUUGUAGGGUUUUACUUUCAUGGCCCACACUCUGAAUUCUAUCUGCUGUUUUAUUUGGCUGGCAUAGUGUUUUAAAAAGUUGACUCUUGAAUCCAACUAGCAGGACAUUAGCCUACCACUUUCUUUACAAGCUCAGGUGCUUUUCAAGGCCUUUGAGUUGGCAAUUCUGAGUAGAUAGUAUAAGUGGGAAGUGGCUUUUCCUGUGGCAUCUUUUAUUCUGAUUUUAGAUUUAGUUUAAUUUGUGAUGAUCUUUUCCAGUGGAUACUUUUCUAAGAAUGUAUACCCAGUAACCUCUAUCAUUGUUUAUUUUAUGCCAACAGUGAAAAUUCAUUAUAUAUUCGAAUGUAUUUUUGAAAUCUAUGCUUGUCUAACACACAGUGUUCGACAAUAGAAUAUUGUAAUUCAGUCUUUUUUAAAAAAAAGAAAAAAAGUAAUUCUAGAUAAAACAUUUUGAUUGCUGAUUUAAAUACCCAUGAAUUAAUUAUUUUAUUGGUUCUCUAAAAUCUUGUAUAUUUGUUGUCCACGUUACAGAGUAACCAAUAAAGGUGAGAUUUAAUUGUAAAUUCUCAGCAUUUUCCCUUCAUUCUUGAGUAGAAUGACAGAGUAAGCAAACACCAAGGAGCCUUCUAAUUUUGACUGUGAUCAUUAACUAAAGACAGCAAAGGGUUACAGACCAACCUUACAUAGUCAGUGUUUCCUAGGAUGCAUUGGGUACAAUCAGGUUUUUUAAAGAUUUUGAAAUUUUUUUUUAUAUUCUAAAUUAAUACAUGCUUCUAACAGUGUUCAUUUCUAAAAAUUAUGCAGUGCAACCAGGUUAUUUCUGUCUAUGACUUUAUUCCUACACUCUGGAGGAAUAUAAUGUCUUAUAUUCUUGUGUCAUCUUUCAAAAUGUUAUGUAUUUUCUCUCUCUCUCUCUCUGUAUGCCUCUCAUGGAACUUGGUUCUUUUCAUCUUAGUUGCCUGUCCAUGUUUGGUAGAUCCAUCUCUAACUCAUUGUUUUAAUGCCUUCAGGAUUCCAUUAAAUGUCCCUUUGAAAGAACAUUUUUUUGUAGAUUUUUUUUAAUGAAAAACAUUGUUAAAAUGAAACUAUCCAUAUGAAUAUAUGAAGAUUACUCUUUAUUCUACCUGCCUGAAAACCAUUGAUUUAUCAGCCAUUUAAGUGUGAUCUUGUGCUUCCAUUUAAGAAAUUAUUCUAUAUAAGGAAAAAAAAUAAAACCCUCAAUUGGGACUGUCUUAAGACAGUUGAGAAAUCCUAGCAUUUAAAUUGUAUUGUGAAGUCAUUCAGUCAGUUCAUUGAAAGAUUGUACAAGUUCACAUCUAUUUUGUACCUUAGUUUUUUCAAUUGCUGCUAUCUGACUCUUGCAGUUUCUAGGUGUGUUUUGGGACUUUUUUUUUUUCUAAUAAUAUAUUGUUAUUGUACCUUCCCUUAUCUGUGUUAGCUUAGGAUAGACCUUAUUUUUAAAGGAGAGAAAACACAGACUGUUGCAAAGGCUAUUUUGGCACAACCACGUUUUUUUAUUUAUUAUCUUUUCAAAAUUAGUUUCCUUUGCUUUGGUAAAGAUUUGAGCAAUGACCUUAAAGUUCUGAUUUUUAUUUCUCAUAGUUCAGAAAAUUUUUAAUAUGUAUUUACAUUUAGUUAAGCACAGGACUUGCUUACAUGGAAACAUUUUUAUGAUGAAUACUUGCUCUAAUAUCUGAUUAAAAAUUAACUUUGCACCUGAAGACUAAAGCAGAGAGCAAGGAAUCUUAUUGAGAAAUUCAAAGGAAAGAAUAAGAGGCCCUCUAGUCAACAGGAAUGCUUGGAAAAUGAUAACAUGCUGAGAAUUUUGAAGACCCAUCAGUGCAGGAGAUUGCUUUUGGUAUUGUAUGAAAAUUUAUGAACUGAUUUCAGUGUUCAUUUCUAAAAUACUGUGGAGUGGCAGAUAAAUUUGGUUGAGCUUUUGUUGUCAAAUACUGUUGGAAGUUUUUUUUUUUUUAAUAAAGACUUCUGAAUUUGUACCAUUUGGGAUAUCCUUUUUGUCAUGUGGCAGGGCAGCUGGAAUAUUAGAAAAAUAAUCUUUUCUUUUGCCAUUUACAUUAUAUAUUUCUGUAGAGCAGCUCAUACCUCUCUUCCAUCAUAACUUUUUUUGUUCUGAUAGCUGCUCUUUUGUCUGCUUUUUAAAUUAUAAAACAUUUGCAUUUUUAAGAAGCUGGAUAUGUCUGUUGAUUUGUUAAUUGCAAGUUAAUCUUUUUUUUUUCUUUUUUCUCUAAGCAAUGACCACCUUUCUGGAGAUACAUGUUGGAGUAGUUUGGUUUUAUGACAGCAUUGUAAUGGGGUUUUCCCUGUCUGUCUUAUCUAUAGAAAUUGAAAAGGUAAAUACUAAAUUGCCCUAGGUCUUCACCUGCCACUAUUAUUUAUUACAAAUCUAUCCCAAUUAUUUUGUACUUUUUUGUUGUUUUAAAUUGUUUUUCAAUUAACCAAAACCAGUACCAAGAAGAACAUUUAGUUUCCUUAGAGUAUUUCCACCUCCACAUGAACCAGUCCCUUGAGGAACUAAAAUGUCUAUUAAGAUUGAAAUCCUUUUUCUCCUUUUUUUCCCCCUGAAAAUGGCAUUAUAAUGAUUUAUUAUUAUUAUUAUUAUUAUUAUUAUUAUUAUUAUUAAAGUCUAAGGAUUGGGGCUCUUUGAAACUUUAAACUGGAGUAAAGUUUUCUGUGUUCAAGCUCUGCCAUAAUUGGUGUUUGGGAAUAUAGAUGGUUUCAGUUCCCUAAGUUUAAAAUGAGAUCUCUUCCAACUGCUAAAAAAAAGAUUCUCAUAAGCCAUUUAGAAUACAUAUUUAAAUUAGUAAUUAGCUUUGGGAAUUGGCAUGAAACAUUUCAGAAUAAGAGCUGUUUGUUUGAGCACAAGAAACUAGCUUUUUUUAGAUAAAAAACAACAGUAUAACUUUGUACAGUUUGAGCUACUAGUAUGACCACCAUAUAUUAGUUAUCCUAUGUACCUCAUAUAAUUUGAUCUUCAAUGGACACUAAAACCCUUUAAAGCAAUAUUCAUCUCAAGAAAACUGAUACUUACGUAUUCAUUUAGCCAGGAUUGCACAGCUAUAUAUUUAAUGGCAAAAGUAGGAUUCUAACUUUAAAAUUUACCCUAUCUGUAUUAUGUUCCUACUUUGAAGCUUCUAGUUUGAGCAGUUUUAAUAAGUAAAAGUAUAAAUUUUAAAACCCUAGAUGUUGCAAAAAUAUCAUUGGAAAUCAAAAGUUCACAACCAUCUUACCAUAAAUGAUCCAGCUUUGUUUUCAUCCAUCACAUUUUCUUCUUGUCCACAAGAAAUUUUGCUUGUGCAGUAUUAAUGUUUAAUACUCCUAUAUUCCCACAAAACAAUUGUACUUUCUUUCUGGUUUGGUUUGGAACCAGGGACUGAAUCCAGGGAUGCUUAAUCACUAUACCACAUCCCUAGACCCUUCUCUAUUUUUAAUUUUGAAACAGGGCCUUGCUAAAUUCCUGAGGCUGACCUUGAAUUUGUAAUCUUCUUGCUUGAGUCUCCCAAAUUGCUGGGAUUAUAGGCAUGUGCCAUUACAUCUUGCCCACACAAUUUUAUUGCAAACAGAGAACAUUUAUUUUCUGAUGGUGUAAAUACGUACUCAUGCAAAGAACCUGAAAAUAUGGAAAAUAUUUUUAUAAAGACUUCAUGGUCCUGUGUGUGUAUAUUUUAAGUACUUUCGGUUUCUUUCAUGUAGAUGAAAAAGUAGUAUGGGAGUAUACCUUGCUUACUGUUUUGUACUUUUCUUCAAUACAUUAUGGGUUUCUUUUAUUAGAUACAGAUCCACAUUUUCUUUCAGUGGUGAACACUAUUCAGAGUUUCAUAAUUCCCAUGAUGAACAAUGAGAUUGUUUCCAGCUUCUCAAGAUUUAAAUAUAACCUGUAAAUAGUUUGAGGGUCUUGUUUUCUUAGAAACAAAAUUGAUGAGCAAAUUGUGUACAUAUUAACAUUUCAGACAUUUUCUGUAUUUCUAUGUGUAGCAUUCAUAGUCAUAUGUCAUUCUUCAGAAUGUUAAUUGAAUACAUCAUAAUGUAACGUUUGAUUUGGAACCUGUCUUGGAAUAAAUUUUAUAAAUCACA